CAGCACAACAGAAAUGUUACUCACUGAUCACUAUGCAGUCAAAAUUCUUGCUCAGGAAAUGGAUCUUAAGCAUAACUGUGGUUAUAUAACUAUGAUGAAAUCUAGUACAAGUGCACCAUUUAAUAAAUUUCAUGGAAAUGCCCUUCAGAAACUGAAAGGACACUCAGAUAUUGAUUUGAAUUCAUACUCUAAUUUUACUGCAUUAAGUGCAAGAGCAAGUGAAAGUAAAGUCUGCUAUCAAAGUCGAUUUACACAUACUGGUAAAGGUGAUGGUUCUUUUGAAGCCAAAUCUAUUCCAUUACAGGAAGAAAAGGAGUGGGUGCUUUUAGAUUGCUCUUUUGGGAUUCCAUUAUUUGAUGGACAGUUAAAUUCACAAGUUUGUGAAACAUUGCUUUAUGAGCAACUCUGCAGCAAAUCCAGCCUCAAGAACUUAAUUACCUCAAACCGGAAAUUAUGCCUUCAGGUUUUAGAAUUCAUUUCAGAAUAUCAGCCUGUCAUCUUGGAUAGUGGGCGAAAUAUUUCAUUUCCUCCAAAUCGUCCAGGUUGUGAACAGGAACUUCCUUUGCCCUCAGAAAAUCUUAUCUUCUGUGAUGGAAAAUUAUCUAUAUGGAAUCAGAAAUAGCUUAACAUAGUCUUUAUAAGUCAUUAAAGGGGAAAAUGCGUGAAUUAUAUUUUGUUAUUUUUAACAUGCUUACUCAUUUUUUUAAUGAGUGUGUUCAGUUUUUUAAAACCAGGUUUAACAUUACACAUAAAAGUUUUGUUUUUAUUUACUAAAAAGAAUAUUUUUAAAGCAUAACAGGUCAUAGUUAAUUUAUUUUCAUAUAAAAUGAGGAAUUAGCAUUUUCAUUCAUUCAAGUAAGUUAAAAGGGAAAAUAAUUUUUAAACCAUGGUAUUUGUUGAUCUUAUUAAGAAUAUUAGAAAAUUGAUGUAUUUUUGCAUUUUGAAAAUGUAGUAUUUUCUGGAUUUAUUGUCAGAACUUAUUUAUGUCAGCCCUUCUCUUGUAUCACAUGGCAAUAAUUCAGCUGUAAAUACAAUAAAUUAUUUUUUUAUUUCAAUAAAGUUUUAACUUUGAAAAUA